GUAACUGCAAAAGAGACCCGUAACCCAGUGCCCUACGCUUGUCGGAAUAUUCACGGAAACAUGCCUUGAACACGAUGUUGCAUUCAACCUAGUAGUGCCAAUCAACACUCGUAUUUCUGGUGGUCUCAUUUCACUCUGUGACAGGCACCAGUCCUGUUUGAUUAGAUAGCAGAGUCUAAACUUCAUACAUGUCUACCGACAACCCACUCAGUCUUACACGGGAUCAAUUCAAUGGCACCCUCGACCAAGACAAUACUCGCAAUGGUGGCCACUACGUUGACGAUGCCGACCAAUGGUCGAGCUCUACAGAUGAAGACGUCGACGACGAACUCAGCGACGAUGAUUUCGAGGACAGCAGGGUAGAAGACGAAGACUGGGAGAUCGCUGAGCGAGAUUUUACGAAACAAUACAAUCGCUUGCGUCAGCACGUCGCUGUCCGUACGGGCAAUGCCCAGGGUACUCACUCAUCCAUCAACCAAAACGUGGCCGUAGCUUCCCUCCCAGCGGUGAAUCAGCCGCGAGCCGCCGGUGCGACAGCCCCGGCCCACGCAAAGGAUAAAACUACGGGACAGUUGGCGUCGCUCUUGAAGUACACCUCCAGGAUAGCCAAGAUUGACCAGCCGUACGUCUUAGGCGUGGGUGUUAACAGGAAGGGCCCGAGCUCGUAUGCCAACUUGAAGGAUAAAUCUGAUCGAGCUACCUCGGAACUCGUGUUGGACCCUCGCACACGACUGGUUCUAUUCAAGAUGAUUGGUCGUGGGUUGAUUCAAGAAGUCAACGGAUGUGUCAGUACAGGGAAAGAGGCCAACGUUUAUCAUGCGUUGACCCCUGACAACCAACAUCUAGCACUCAAAAUAUACAAGACAUCCAUCCUUGUCUUCAAGGAUCGGGACCGAUACGUCACCGGCGAGCACAGAUUCAGACACGGUUACAGCCGUAAUCCUCGCAAGAUGGUGCGUCUGUGGGCGGAAAAAGAGAUGCGGAACCUGAAACGAUUGGUCGCUGCGGGCAUCUAUUGCCCUGAUCCUGUCGAAGUCAAGGAGAACGUCCUGGUGAUGAAGUUCCUUGGCGAUAAAGAGGGGUGGGCCUCUCCGCGACUGAAGGACGCCGAGAUACCAUCCUCCGAUUAUCCUUCCUUGUAUCAAGAACUGGUCCUCAACAUGCGCCGCAUGUACCACCAGUGCAAACUCGUCCAUGCCGAUCUGUCAGAGUACAACAUCAUCUAUCACGACUCACAUCUUUACAUCAUUGAUGUCUCCCAGAGCGUCGAGCACGACCAUCCUGCCGCUUAUGAUUUCCUUAGGAAGGACAUCAAAAACGUCGAAGAAUAUUUCGGGCGGUUCGGCGUGACGGGUCUCGGCAUUCGACGCUGUUUUGAUUUCAUCACCCGUGAAGUGUUCGGUGAAGAUAGCGGCACACUGGACGAGCGCGAGAUUCUCGUGCAAUGCAUAUCAGAGGUACAGCAAGCACCGCAACCACAGGAACAGCAGCCAUCGGGCGAAGAAAACGAUAGCGCGAAAGUGCCAACCAAAGAUGUUGAUGAUGAACACGAUGCUGCGCAUCAAGAUCAUGAAGAGAAUGUGUUCUUACGGUCCUACAUCCCGCGGACGCUCAAUGAGGUGUACGAUCCGGAACGCGAUAUUGACGCUCUCAAACAAGGCAAAGGGCUUAUCUACAGGGACACAAUCGGUCUGGUGGACCCUGCAGCUGCUUCUCAGCAGCGGAAACCCGAAAAUGGUGGACAUCAUCAGCAUCAGCAUCAGCACGUACAUUUUGAUGAUCGUGACGAACAAAAUGAAGAACGGCCCGACCGUUCUUCAGAUAUGGAGAGUGAUGAUGAUAGUGAUGGGUCCAGUACGGCCGGUGAGGAAGAUCUCGAAGGCGAGCGCGAGGGUGAUGGUGAAGUUGAGAAGGAUAACCUACGUAAAGUUCCACGGGGUCACAGGCACGAGGACCGAGAAGCCAAGAAGGAACGCAAAAAAGCUGUAAAAGCCGAGGCAAGGGAAAAGAGAAAGAACAAAAUACCUAAAGCAGAGAAAAAACGCAGGAUCAAGGUCACACAACGUUCACGAUAAUGAACGUGCGACGCUCCCCCAGUACUGCUUCGAUUUCGUACACGCAAUUGCAGGGUGUGGUAUCGCUUGUCAUAAAAAUGAAUAUGUAUAUGUGCACACUUUUUUUAGGUAUCCGGUGCGUGCGGGUCGUGCUUCUUAUGCAUCGGUGAUACACCCGUGGCUGGCAUCCGUCACGGUCUUCACAUAUCUCAUGAGGGUACCCUGGGUA